AUGUCACCACGCGGGACCUAUUCCGGAGCUGAGUAUCCUCCUCACUUGAAACCUUCGACAGCUGGCAACUUUUUCUUCACAUCAUCUCCACCUGCUUGUCUCCCCAGAGGCCAAGCCAAUGCCUACUAUGUUGGUAGAGGGUGCCCAGUCGAUGCGAAUCUGGUCCAUGAUGCUUUCUGGUUUAGACAUAUCGACGUUCCAGGCUUCUCGAUUUGUAGCAGAUGCUUCGAAUUUCACAUUCGUGGCAGUAUAUUCGAGUCAGACUUUUCUGGCAAGCUAGAACCAGGUCAAACGAAUGCCGCAAGAUGUAUGUUUGGUGUUCCCAACGUGACGGAUCGACUCUGGCCCAACGCCCUCAGGACGCAAGAUCUUCAGUCUGUGAAGAUGUACAUGGAAGCAAGAGCGAGGGUUUCCCACUGCUACGGUACAGCGGGUGUUGCAGGAGCAGAUCUCGCAGCGGCCGCAUUGAAAUGGUAUCAAGCAACCCACGAAGCUAUACCUGGACUCGUUGUAUGUGAGGCUUGCUUCAAUGGUAUCAUCGCUGGCUCAAAGUUCGAAUAUCGUUUCGCUCUUCACAACCUGAGACAACCACAAGAUCAGACGUGGUCCUGCGACAUCUCGGUCCCGUAUAUCAACAGGGCAUUUUCCGAAUAUGGUGAGUCUAACAGCUGGUCGGACUUUGUUGUUGCAGCGAAGAAACGUUUGAGCAAGCCUCCAUGCAACGGGAUGACAGCAGUGAAUGCAAACAGCCGCAGCUGGUACGGGACUUCGGCUCGCCUUUACGAACUUGACGUAUGCGAGACAUGCUAUCUGGACCAAGUAUGCUUCACAUCUUUCCAGUCGAACUUUGGACAAAAGUCUCUUGGAAACACAGAACUGUUCUGCGAUCUUGCGAUCCCUGCUUUGAAAGUCGCGUAUGGAGCGGCUCUUGGAUACGAGAAGCACAGUAUCUUCUGGAAUACCUGCAGAGUACAGUCGCAAACUCCGCUCUGCAAGAAUUCGGGCAUGACUGGCGUUCAAUGGUACACACUCAAGGGAGGCUGCGACAACUUCGACGUAUGUCCAACAUGCUACUCGGGCUGGGUCUGCUCGUUCGGCAUGCAAAGUUUCUUCCAACCGCAAAAGCCAGUUCCUGCCGGCACGGUCAAAGGGUGCGACUUCUCUCUUGACUCUCAGCGAAUUGGACCGCUCAUAUUGCGAUACAUGGUCGCGAUCGAGACAGCCGACCGUGAGCAAUUGUUGUCCUUUAUCCGACGCACAGCUUUGCUGCCGCUCUGCACAGCACUAAAACAACAGACAGCUCGAUNNUUUUGGCGUGUGGGUCUGAGAGGAGAUCCCAUGAGCGUCUGCCCGUCAUGUUACGAAGAUGUACUGCGUGACAAACCACUUUCUCAUAUCUUUGGUCAAGAAGCAUCUCCGGGAAAGCACCUUUGCGAUCUCUACUCUGCCAACAUGAGGACACGCUGGCGACUCGUCGUGCAGGCAAGCGUCGCGCAAGGUAUGAAAGAUCGGCAGGGCAACUACAUGCCCGACGAAAAUGCUCUUGCGCAAUUUAUCGACUAUCGCGAACAUCGCACUCAGGUCUUUCUUCAGACCGUGCCAGAGAUGGAGAGGUUGACCGCUGCCGCUCAGAACAGAUUGUUCCAGCAACAGAGAUUGAAUCGGAACAGCAACUUCUACAAUCACCUUAAUAUGGCUGCAGGCAACGCCAAUGGCAUACACUAUGGCUCCGUUCCUGCCUACACUACCACCUAUGGAAAUUCCUCCGUUGGAUAUGGGUUUGCUACGCCAUGGGGCGUUGAGAGUGCUGCAUAUGGCCGACAAGCCGCGGCUCUUGCAAGUCAGGGAGGUGGAGAGUUUGGGAGGAUUGCGUACCUCGAGGCGCUCUGGAAGGAAGUUGAGUGA